AUGUCUCAACAAAACAUGAGUGUAAUAGUACACAACGUAUCUGGGGAAAGUAAGGCAAGAAGGAAAGACAAAAACAUGAUUCUAUUCAUAUUAAAACCUCUUCUGAUCGUCGAGAAUUGCUUCGGGGUGUUUCGAUUUGGAAUAGACGAAGAUGAUGUUAGAGAACCAAGCAGAAGAAUCAAAAUCUACAGCGCAUUCUUUGUUCUACUCACUACUUCUGUCUACUUGUACUUCUUUAGAUACUUCAUUAUUUUAAUAGUGAAGACAUUCAAUACAGAUAUACUUAUGGAAUCACUUGAGGAAUUGACGAUUGCACUACAACAUUUACAACACGUUUUGAUGUUUUUCGACCAACUACACCAAAGUAAAAGGAACAUUACCAUCAUCAAGCUUUUGGUGAAAAUUGAUAAAAUACUCGGAUUAGACCAAAAUCAUAAUUUCUACGUAAAAUUUCGUGGAAAAGUUUGUGUUAUUUUAUUUAUGUUCUUCUGUUUUAUUCUCUUGUCGAAUAUUAUUGAUGUAAUCACAGUGCCCGAUCCACGACCUACUGAGUACAACGUGGAUGCUAUAACAGAAUGCAAGAGGUACCUCAGCAUUUGUACCCUGUACUUUUAUUUCAAAAUCAUUUUCGUAAGACUAGAAGUAAUCAGCAAUCAUUUGAUUAAUAUCGUACAAAAAUUUCAAAGAACUGGGAAUUUGGAGGUAGCCUUUGCCGACUGUAAAGGCACAGAAAGUGAGCAAUCAGAGAAGAGCCUAAAAUUUUUAAUCGAAGCCUACAUAUUACUUGGCAAAGCUUGUUCCUUAAUCAAUAAGGUUUUCAAUUUCCAAAUAAUGAUUUCACUGGUGUUCACAUUUGUGUACGUGGUAACACUGCUGUUGGUAUCUCUUUAUGAGUUUGGUAUAACGCACAACUCGUUGUAUUUAUCGAGUGUAUUCAUUUAUUGUGUAUUCCAAAUACUGUGUAUUCUAAUAAUGGCAUACAGUUGUGAAGGCCUGCUGUCGAUGCAAAGUAAAAUUAAGGUGCUACUCAAUAAAAUUGUUAUCGAUUACAACUUUCCCCAAACAUUGAGGGAGCAAGCUAAGAUUUUCAUCGAUUUCAUAGAUGUGUGGAGGUUUGAAAUUAGUGCCUAUGACAUGUUUUCUAUUAAUAUAGAGUUGAUGUUACGAUUCCUUAGUAUAUCUACCACUUAUCUUAUUCUCAUAAUUCAAGUAUUUCACUUAAAAGUUUGA